CGUACCGCCGCGAGCAGACGACAAGUGAUCCGUCCAGUGCAGACAACGCGCAUCGUAUUUUCGCUUGUGCGCCCGGUCAACUAAAAGCAGUAAGAGGAGCCAGGGGAACCCUUAUUUUCUUUUAGUACUGUGAAAGACUCUUCACUGUUCGAGUGAAGUGCGGCGACGGGACGGUGCAAACGACUAACCGUAAUGAACCUAUGGUGAAACGAUCACUUUAGGUUGUCGGCUCCGAUGAAGUGUCUCGUGCGCGGUUGCACCCGCACGCACCGGGAUGCGGGUGUUUCCUUUCACCGUCUACCUGGCAAGGAUCCAGUGCGAAGUCGCUGGCUGGAAGCCCUUCGACUGCGCGCUAACUCGAAGGUACUGCAUCAGCUUGAUCGUGUGUGUUCCGAGCACUUCUCCGCGCAGUCCUUCACGUCGUGGAAGGUUUCGAAGAAUCUGGGGUUCGAGAGAAAGAAGAAACGCCUCGACGAGGGCUCAGUUCCGACCCUUCAACUGGAUCUCACACCAGCACCAGCGUGCAAAAGGCGCAGACUGGAUGAUUCAGAGACGCCAUCUGAGUGUGGGAAGCACAAUGAAGCAGACAACCUCUGCGAAGACCCUAUUGUGGUGUCAAAAGAGGACAUGGCAGCCAGUAUAAUCGAGGUUGUGCCUGCUGAACAGAAAGCACCUGAAACUCAAGACUGUUCUGAACUUCAGCUCGCAACUGAAGAUCAUGGGUAUUCCAUCAGAAGUGCCACGUCUGCCGACCACACCUACAGCAUUGAAGUUCAGUACGAAAACAAAGGCACACAGGUGAACUUGUCCGCCAAGCAGUCGAAGGAGACGCAGACAGACCCAUGGGAGUCUCCAGCUGUUCUUCCGUGUACAAGUGCUGCUCCAGCCAUCAUGAAGCAAGUGCCUCCAUCACCAGCAGUUGAGACACCAGCGUGCCAGCCUACAACUGUUUUUCUGCGCAGGGAUCCUGCUCCAGUUGCUAUGAAGCAAGUGCCUGUGCCAGCAGCAGUUGAGAUGCCAGCAUGCGAGGACUUCGCCACAGAGCAGGUUGCCCCAUCGUACCGGCCGACAAGCCAGCCAUUUCUGGAGGCCGACCUCUCUUUCGAAAGACCAGGCAUGUGCUCAAGCCCUAUUCCAGAAGAGCCUGCAGACACUACGUACGAGGCUUCUUGGGACGAGAGCUUCUUGAGCAACUCAACCUCAACGGCCCCCCUGCACGAGGAGCCCAAGUACAUUGUAUUUGAGAGCUGUUUAUUGCAGUUGCUCCGCCCAUGCGUAAUGUGCCAAGCGCCAUGUAAAGUUACUAUUGUACCAGACGGCACACUAGUGAGGGCCACGGCUGUGUGCCAAAGCGAACACAGCAGGACUUGGCUCAGCCAGCCUCUCAUCAACAACGUGCCAGCCUGCAACCUGCUCCUUUCCGGUGCCAUGCUGUUCACCGGCUCCUGCUCUGCAAAGGUGCUCAGGCUGCUAAGGCUCAUCAAUAUUCAAGCCUUCUCGGAAAGCACGUACUUCAAUCACCAGGCAGCAUUCCUGCAGCCUGCAAUUGAACGAGUGUGGAACCGAGAGCAGCAGAGCCUUCUCCAGGCAAGACAGGGGAAGACGGUGCGUUUGGCUGGGGACGGGAGGUACGACUCUCCAGGGUACUCGGCCAAAUUCAUGACAUACACUUUCAUGGAGAUGGAGACAAACAAGAUCCUCCACUAUGUCCAAGUGCAGCUUGGAGAGUCCCCCGAGGUGAAGUCCAGCAACGCAAUGGAGCUGCAUGGCUGUGCCAAGGGGCUCACUUUUUUCAAGGAGGAGAAUGUCACGGUCGAGGCCCUCGUCACGGACCGUCACCUAGGGAUCAAGGGCCACAUGAGGAGCAAAGAACCCCAGACACGCCAUUACUUCGAUGCUUGGCACAUUGCAAAAGGCAUAAGCAAAAAGAUGCUGAAGGCCAGCAAGUACGCCCGGUGUGAAGUGUUGGCAUACUGGGCACAGCCUGCCUCCAACCAUCUGUACUGGUGUGCUGCCAACUGCGAAGAGGAUGGAAAACUCCUCGUCGAGAUGUGGAAGAGCAUAAACAACCAUGCUCUCGACAAGCACACUGGCCAUGGAGGGGUGUACGACCGCUGUGUUCACGACACCCUCGUUGGGGACAGAGAGUGGCUCUCUCUAGGUACACCAGCUCACAAGCGCUUUGUCAGCAUUACCAUGCAAAAAGUGCUUCUGAGGGACUUGGAGCAUGUGUCACCUGCAGGCCACACGUACAACCUCGAGUCCUACCAUAGUAUGCUCAUCAGGUUUGCACCCAAGUCUGUGGCGUUCACAGGCCCCAUCAUGCAUGCAAGAACCAGAUUGGCUGCUCUGCACCACAACGAAAACUCCGGAAGGGUCCAAGCGGUGACGCGCAAAGGGCAGCCAAAAUUCAAGCGAAGGAUGCAGAGAGGGAAGAUGGGGACCGAUCGUCUCAAGGAAGUAAAAACCCCUCCAACCUACGCGUACGUGGGCCAGCUGCUGUCUGAGGCUGCUGCCUGCUGCAACGAGUCUUCCCUCAGGGAAGCCUUGGGCAACAGACCCCGGGAUCGGGCCCCCCUCCCCAUGGCAGCUCACUACCCGAGGCUUCCAAAGGAGCAGCUGGUGGAACAGAGGAUGUCACGUUACAGCAGAGGGACAGCAGGGUCUUCAUGAGGACGCAUCCUCAGAUGAGCUGAAGGCCGUCAAGAAGGCUGGCAAGGCACAGAAGAAUGUGUGCACCACUGACAAGCAGCAGCACAGGAGGAAGUAGUCUCGGCAUCUACACCUAAAAGGUGCUUGAGCUGUUCCACCCAG